UCUCAUAAUUUUCAAUGUUAUUUGGAAUAAUAGUGAUGUGGAUAAUUUUGUAAAUUUUUUCUUUUCUUUGCAAAAUCAAGAAAAAAAAUGGACAAACCAUUCAAUAUUGUAAUGUUUUUCUAAAUAUCAAAACAUUUAUAAAAUGUAUCGUGGAAAUCCCAGAGAACAUCUAGAAUUGGUAGGAGAUCAAUAUAACAUUGAGGCAUCAGCCUUACACAGAAAAUUGCAAAGCAAGAAUGAAGCUGUUAAAAUCAUGCGACAAGAAUUAGAAAGGUUUCGAACAGAAAGAGAUCAAUUUAAAUUAAUGGCGGAGACAUUACAACUUCGUUUUACAGCCAUUAGAAGAAAUACUGAUUAUAGUAAUGUCGGCUUCAAUGGUAAUGAAGUCGCUACUUUGUUAAAUGAAACUCGUGAAAAAAAUAUAAAAUUAACCACCGAAAAUGAGGCAUUAAAACAAAAGUUGGUAGAAGUACAGGGAGAUCUCAAGGUUUUAAGACAAAAAGGAAAUACAGAUACUAAAUCUAUAACAAGUACAGAUAAUUCAAGUCAAGAUAAACUUUCAAUAGAUGGGAAAGAUGAACAAGACUGGAAAAUAGAAAGAAUUAAUAUGAUCGCUCAUUUAGAAAAUAUUAAAAGAAAGAACGCCCAAUUAACCUACGAUUUAAAAGUUUUGACUGACGAAAAAGAAGAAAUUGUUUCAGAGAGAGAUGCAUACAAAUGCAAAAGCCAUCGUUUGAAUCACGAACUUCUAACCGCUUUAAAAGUGAAUGAUAGUCACCCAAAUACUGUUGACCUAGACGCUUUGAUUUUAGAAAAUAAGUACCUGCAAGAAAUGUUAAAACAUUGUGAAUGGGAAAUGGAAUUCGCACAAAAAACGGCUAAUAAAUAUAAAAGCAUGCUUGAUACAAAAAGAAAAAAGGGAAUUAUUAAAUUAGGAACUAACAACAUUGAUAGCAUAAUUUCUCAUAACCAAGUGAAACAUUUACUUGAAUGCGAAUCAGACUUACCAUCAAGAGCGGAAACUAUAGCUGAUCUUAAAAGACUUUGUUUAGCUUUAUUGGAUAACCUAAAUGAUAAAACUUUAGCUCUUACACAUCAAAAAAAAACAAACAAAAUAUUAGCUUCCAAAAUAUCCGAGUUAGAACAAAGAAUUCAAUUGAUUUUACAUAAUGGGCAAAAAGACGAAAAUGCACCAACGAAUUUUUCACCAUCGCAGAUUCUCUUAAAUGAGUAUAGUUUUUCAAAUAUAGAUACGGAACCUACACCAAAGUCACCCCAUAAUAUUACUGAAGAUUCUGGAACUAUGUCUUCUGAAUCCCACGACCAAAUAUCAGAAGAUGGUAAUGAUGAAAAUGAGGAAUCUCUAUCCACAAACUCAAACAAUAGUAGUAUCAUAUCGUCAGAAUAUGAAAAUCCUAGUAACUUAAGUGAAAUCAUAGCUUCUCGUAAAAAUAAAUCCUCUAGUGUAGAAGCAGAUAGCUUAUCAACUGUUCCGAACAGUAUAAUAAAAGAAAGACUAGAAGAUUUAAAAGAUUUUCCUCCAGAAUUAGCUGCUAUUGUUAAAAAUGCUUUGGAUGCAUUAGAUGCCAAAGAUAUUCAAGAAACUGAGGAAAAUGUUUUACAAUCAUAAAACAAAGAAAAAGUUGAAUAUAAAUUGGAAACUAAUAGUAAAAUUUAUUAAUUAAUUUAGUAUGUUAUAUACAUAUACGAUAGAAGCAUAACUAACUAAUAUAUAUUAUGCGACUUUAUAAAAUACUUAUCAAUUA